UUUUUGGUUGCUUAUCGUUUCGGCAGAUUAAGACUAGACUUGGCCGAAAUCGUUUGACUUGCUCGCUCAACACGCGACUUGACUCUGAUACUGCAGCGGAAUAGGAGCGUUGCCAAGGUCGGUAUAAUUGAGUCUUAGAAACUAAUACUGCCAAUGACUAUCUUUGUCUGCAGCUUCACUCGGCAUGUAUAAGUAGACCAGGUCUCGACCCCUUGGUUGUCACUCUUCAUCAUCAUCAUCAAAAUACUCGCCACUUCAGACUCUUUCUUACAAGUCGCAAAUAUGUCGUCGAAACUGAAGGAGUAUCUUCAUGUUGACUACAAGCCCGGAGAGAGACGUCUUGUUCAAAAGAUUGACUUUUUCAUCUUGACCUUUUGUUGUCUGAGUUACUUUGUCAACUACCUUGACCGAAAUAAUAUCAACAAUGCCUACGUGUCUGGAAUGAAGGAGGACCUUGGGUUCGAGGGCGACCAGCUGAACCAGAUCUUUACUUGCUUCACUGUUGGCUAUGUCAUCGGCCAGGUUCCCUCCAACCUCUCCCUCCAAUACAUCAAGCCUCGCAUCUGGUUCCCUCUCAUGAUGGUUCUCUGGGGCGGUCUCACCAUGGCCACCGCUUCCGUUCAGAGCCCCAAGUCCAUCAUGGCAAUUCGCUUCUUCCAGGGCAUCUGCGAAGCGUCAACCUUUGUCGGCACACACUAUAUUCUCGGAUCUUGGUAUACAGAGAGAGAACUGGGCAAGCGAAGUGGUAUCUUUACUGCUUCUGGCCUGGCGGGAACUAUGAUUGGAGGAUUCAUCCAGACGGGUAUUCACUCAAGUAUGGAUGGUCGAAAUGGAUUGACCGGUUGGCGAUGGCUCUUCAUUAUCGAUGGCCUCAUUACCAUCCCCGUUGCUAUCUACGGCUUCUUUCUAUUCCCCGAUACACCGCAUACGACCACCGCCUUUUACCUCUCCGAAGAGGAGCGAGCCCUAGCUAGAUCGCGUGUUCCUCCCGCUGAAGAACGACCCAAGCUUACCUUUGGCUAUGGAAAGAUGGUUCUCACAUCUUGGCUCUGGUGGGGAUUCGUUAUUCUCUGGAUCAUCGCCGGUGAGACCGAGUCUUUCAGCACCAACGCCCUCUUCGCCCUCUUCCUCCAAAACCACCCGACCAAAACAUACACUGUCGCCCAGAAGAACAACUAUCCCAGUGGUGUGCCAGCCGUUGGUAUUAUAUCUACGCUGUUUUGGGCAACAUUGACCGACUUCCUGUCUGGAAAGCGAUAUCUUGUUGGGUACUUCAUUGGCAUCACUGGAAUCGCCACAGCUAUCAUGGUCUUGGUUGCUUCCAAGGACCCUACGAACCCACGUUCUACCACGGUUGUCUUCGCAGCUUACUACUGGGCCGGUUCUGUCUACGCGUGCCAGGCUACCUUCUUCGCUUGGUGCAACGAUGUCAUGCGUUAUGAAUCAGCCAUGUUCCGUGGUAUCGUGUUGGCUGGCAUGAACACGGGCAGCAAUACCAUCAAUGCUUGGUGGAGUAUCGUCUUCUAUGGUGCCUCAAUGGCUCCGUGGUUCAUUCGAGGCAUGUGGGCAAUGAUUGCUGUUAGCAUCGCCAUGAUCAUCUGGUGUACGGCUUUGACUUACAAGUGCCACAAGUAUAUGACCAAUGUGGUCAUUGCUUGCGAGAGAGAAAGCCUGGAACAUGAGAAGCAGGUUGUCGGAAAGGAGGAUGCUUGAGUGAUGUGUUCUGUAUUAUCUUGCAUUCUUGAUGAUGGAUUGUCUAGCGUUCUUUGCAAUGGGAGUUAGUUGAUAUACUUGAAGCGCGUUUGUGCAACUUGGUUGCUCACAUUGGUUUGCCAUUUCAUUCACGGUCAUGUGAGAACUCAAGGUUUGCCUAACGAACUUGAUCCAAUGUAUUUCCAUUUGACAAUGGCUAACUACCUAUCUCCGUUCCACCCCAUCUCACUAUCCAAUACGCCCUCCAAUACCUUCGUGUCAAAAAGCAAAACGCCAAGGGUUGUUCCCUAAAUGUCCUCUGGGGUAAUGAUGCAUUCACACCCGUAAUAAACCAUGGUAUCUGUUCCCAAAACCCGAGAUUUUGUACCAGUAAACGAUCGUCGUGAAACGUAUGAGUAUCCUAUGUAAAGCGAUUGUGACCUUUUAUAAACUCCGAUGAACCGCCGUUCUAUCUGACUAAGAAAAUAUAUGAUUAAGAAGUGAAAGGUGAAAAGUCGUGACUGGUUUGCUUUAACCGUAGAACCAGUAGAGAGUGGUGUAAGAGGUGCUGUCGGUGCCCUUGGCCUUGCAGCCGUGAGAAACACCACCAGCAGUCAUGACGCGGUAGACGUAGGAGACACCAAUGCUACCGCCAGCGUCACCGAGGUAGAGCCAGUCGACAGCGCCGGUACCAUCGGGACCAGCGGAGGCAGUAGAAGGAGCCUUAAUACCGUCGAGCUUCUUGCAGACGAGAAGUUGGUUGGCCUUGUCGAGGUCAAAGGUAGGAACUCCAGCAGCGUUGAAGAAGUGAUGUCCGAGGUAGGGGAGCUUCUUCUGGAGGCCUUGAACCUUAAGAUCUUCCUUCUUGGGGAAAGGGUUGGUGGUGGAAGCUCCGACGCCGUUUGUGUUGAGGUUAAGAGGGACCUUUCCGGUGCUGAGGACAUCGCCAGUGAAAGAGGCCCAUUUGUCGGGAGUUAGAGAUGAAGGGCUUUGGCCUGGGUAGAGAUGGGUGAUGUCGUAGAGAACAGCUAGAGCACCAACGGCAGCGGGAGUAGCAGCGGCAUCAGCACAGGUGUAGUUCUGAAUGCCGAAGCCAAAAGCGAUGUGCUUGAGAGCUACACCUUGAGGAGGAGCAGGGAGUUCAGAA